ACACUCAAAAUAGAAAACGACGCUUGAUUCAAUUAUUUCAAGAAUUGCUUUUGUGUAUGUUUUAUAAAAUAUUUUUAUUGGAAAAGAUCAUUGUAUAAUUUUAAUAUUAACAUAGUGAUAAAUGUGAUACUAAACAUAUUUUAAUUAGAUACCCUUUAACAUAGAUAUAAUGAGUGGAAGAGGGAAAAAAGCGGCAGCGCCGAAGAAAAAAGCUAAUGGCUAUAAAAUGCCUGCUCCCAUACCCUCAGGGGAGGUAAUUCACGACACAAUAGGAAAGAAGAAAUGGAGAAUCGGGCCUUCUAUAGGUGUUGGUGGUUUUGGUGAAAUAUACUCUGCGUGCGACCACGAAGCUUCGCCUAAAAAAGGCACUAACUAUCCAUUUGUUGUAAAGAUUGAACCACACGAAAACGGUCCAUUGUUUGUUGAAAAGCAUUUUUAUAUUAGAAACGCCAAUAAAGAUGAUAUUGCUAAAUUCAUGAAGGAGAAAAAAUUAUCCACAUUUGGAAUGCCCAGUUACUAUGGAAAUGGUUCUCAUAAUUUCAAAGGUGAGAAGUACAGAUACCUGGUACUUGAGAGGUAUGGAAAGGAUUUGUGGACAUUGUUCAAGGACUCGGGCAGAUCAUUUCCACCUACUACAGUCUUCCAAAUAGGCCUUCAAAUGUUAGACGUCUUAGAAUACAUACACACCAAGGGUUAUGUUCAUGCUGAUAUAAAAGGAGCUAAUAUUCUACUAGGUCUUAAGAAAGGGACAGAGAACCAAGCAUAUCUAGUGGACUUUGGAUUAGCUACGAGAGUUAAUGAAAAGGAGUUUAAACCUGAUCCAAAAUGUGCUCAUAAUGGAACUAUUGAGUAUACAAGCAGGGAUGCACAUUUAGGAGUGGCAACAAUGCGAGGGGACCUGGAGAUCUUAGGCUACAACAUGCUGCAGUGGAUCGUGGGAGAGCUCCCAUGGGAGAAAUCGCUGCAGCAGCCCAAAAAGGUGCAGGCUAUGAAGGAGGACUUCUUGAAAAAUGUUAGGAGCGAGGUCAACAAGCUGAGUUCUAAUGUGCCUGAAGCGUUAAUCAAAUUCUUUGAAUACAUAAACUCUUUAAAACCAAAAGAUAGUGUUGACUAUACAAAAUGUCGGCAGUUAUUCGAGGCCUACCUCAAAAAGGAAGGAAAAACGAAAACCAGCAAACUAGAGUUUACUUCAACUAAUAAAAAGAAAGGAAACAAAUUACAAUCAGGGGAUCAGGAGUCUGAUGAGGAACAAGUUGUGCCAAAGAAACGAGUACCCAAACAAAAUGGAGAACUAAAACCGAAACGAACAAAAAAAGCGCAGAAAUUAGACGACACAGAGAACACGGAGCCUGAUAAAAACACGAGUAUCACAAAGAAAAGGAAAUCCUUAGAGCCUUCAUAUGUUGUUAAAGUAAAGAAAAUUAAAAUAGCACCAAAGGCGACUCCACCUGUAAAGAAAAAUCAUGCGAACAUUGCGACGCAAACAUCUGGAAACAGGAGUAAAAGGAGUCCGCGACAAGUCACUUUCGACAGCCCUAUAUGUGAAAUGAUUGGUGAAAAAACAUUAAAAAAUAAUAGUGUUAACUCCAGUGGUGAUAUUUUCGAUGAUUCCUUCACGAUUGAGGAGAAAAAAGUUAGGCCAAAGCGUAGAUUGCUCUCCGAUAAAGAAGUGACAGUCAAGAGGGUGGUUAAAAGGAAAGUGACAACUGUGAAACCGAAAGGAAAGUCGUGGAAAGACAGCCCUGCUGUAGUUAAUGGACGCUCACCACCUAAGUAGGUGCCAUAUGUAACACUAAAGUUAACUUUUAGGAUAGUAGGUACUUUGAUUACAAACCUGUUAUUAUGAAUUAAUUUACUGUAAUGUUUUGAUUUUAGCAUAAUUGUCAUAAUUUACAAGUAUUUAGUAAGAUAUUUGUUUUUAAUUCAAUUAUGUUUCUGUACAUUCUGUUACACUGUAAAGUUUAGUUAUUGUGGAGUUGUUCAUACUGGAUUAUAUGCACAUAUAGUACAAUUGAUUUGCCAUAGUUACCCACCCAGUGGAUUGAGGAAUAAUUUAUUAGUUUUCGUUUAUAUGUGUUUUUGUUAUUCUGUUGUUGUGAACUAAUGCUGUCUCUGUAAGUAAUUAAAAAUAAAAUUCUUAUUAUGAUGUGGUUCGUGAGUAGCCUAGAUGGCGCAGGCGUUGCUGUCAUGCGAAAGACGCGGGUUCGAAUCCCGUCUCACGAUUAGAAAUACUAUUUUAUAAUACUUUGGUGUUGGGUAGUAGCUUAUUUAACAUUUUUUGCUCACUUUCUAAAGAUUUAAAAAUAUCAAAGAUAAAUAAUUAAUAUUUUGUACUUGUAUUAGAUGCAAUUAAUUGUUAUAUUUAUAUUAUUUACACAUACCAGUGGUAUGUAACAUUGGUUGAACCUAUUUCGAUAAAAUUAGUUUUAAAUAUUACAACAGUAACUUAUUCCUCAAUCUUGAGUUCCGUACUUAUACUUUAAAACACUUAAGAGUCAUAGCUCCAAUGUCAAUGUAUUGUAUUUUAAUUAUUAGUAAUGUAUUUAUAUUUAUAGUGUAAAUGUACCUUUAAUAGCGAGUGAGUUGAGUGUUGCAUGAUUGAAUUGUAAGAAUUAGUUCCUUUUAGAAAGACAAUAACAUUUGCUAAAGUAGCAUUUUGAAUUUAUAUAAUUUUUAAUAAAAACAUCGUUUUUAGCACAAUUUGUGUAUUGAGUGACUGAAAAUCUGUAUACUACAAUAUCUUCCCAGAUUUUUGAUAAACCCACCUGCAAGUAUGAACUGUGAAACAAUUACCACCACAAUUCCCUCUCCUGUUAUACUAGAUAAUAAUAAUACAAACAGAAAUAAAGUUCUUAAAUUUUUUGUAUUAUUCUAUUAUUAACAUUUACAUGUAUAAGCACGAAUUUGAUACUAUCACUAAUACAUACAUAUCUUAUCGAAGUUUUGUUGUAUUAUAUAUUUUUUUAACAAUCUUAACCAUACUAAUCAAUAAUUUUAUUGGCAAUUAUUUUAAAUGAAGAGACAAUUAAUUGUUUUCUUUCACUAAUUUCGAUGAAAAUGUGACUGUGUUGAACAUUGAUUGUACAGGAUUGUUAUAAAAAUGUUUGUGUUACUGUUGAGGAUAUAAUCAAGACUGUUGUUUUGCAUUCAAAUGUAACUUAAUUAUUGAAUUGAAUUGCUGUUGAUUUUGUAUGUUAUUGUAAAAAAUUAAAUAACAUUUGUAUGAUGAAA